CCAUUCUACCUCCAGUGCAGGCAACACUCAUCUCAUGAUGCGAUCCUCACGUCCUCCCCUUCGUGAACUCCCCCUUGAGCAUUUCCUGCCGCCCGACCUCAAUGUCCCUCCCAAUAACGGCAGAGCCCUCAAGCGGCCACAUUCUCCAGGAGGAGCGUCGCUAUACAGUCCUGCUAAGCGACGUAUGCUCGAUGUCACUGGGUCCUCUGCCAAUGGCACGCUCUCAGGAAUAAGUGCAAAGGUGGCGCUUCCUGGAAGGAGGCUCGACUUCUCUCCAGCGGGGUGCGCACAAUCAUCCUCCAUCGGUGUACACCGCCGUGGCUCCACCCCUCUACGCAAGCGCAUAUCUCCUUUGCCCGCGUGCCAAUUAGCCCCCUCACCUGAGCUGCCCUCACGAUUCGUGCAAGACCCGCAUUUGCAUAAUAGCGCAUCCCACGACAUUGAUAUCGAAAUGCCCGAUUGCACCAGCCUGCCACCUAUCACUCUCGAACCCCCUCCCAAUGUCCAGUCCCUCAUGACCCCGCAGGCGAUCGUCUCCGUCAGCCGUCAGUCCGUUCAUUACCCGGGCUUCGACGUCUACCAAGAUCCAUUCGAUGUGGGUUCGAUUGGCAGGUCUUCAGCUUACGAGUCCGCGAACGAGGACAAUGACUGCGACUCCGACUGCUCAGACGCCACCGCCUCAAAACAGGAGAAGGAGUGCAACAAAGAGAAUGUCGUGCCGAAGCGGCGGGGUCGCAAGAUGGCCCCUGUGCCUCUUGCUUUAGGCGCCGCAGCAUGGGCCAAAGCGGGCUUGCUUUCUCCGGAAGUCAGAUGCGGAGAUGCCGGUACAAGGGUGAAGCCUAUUCCGUCAUCGCAUCUGGAGGAGGCUUUCGGCGGUUUUUCAAUGGGUGAUGACUCUCGCACGGUCACCAGAUGCGGUCUAGGCGUUCUCGACAACAACGGGAGGUCCAGCCCCGAACGAACACCAGUGCGCAGAGAGGCAGCGGGCGAGGAGAACACUGGAAGAUGAACCCAACGGCAAGGCUAAGAACACUCGAGAUUAUUUCGUGCCCCCACGCCAUUCCCUUUUUUCUCAUUUGUGGCUUCGCAGUCACACCUUUCGCCUUCGACUUCGUUCCAUUCGACAUUGUACAACGUGUAUCCAUUCCUUGCAUAGAUUACCAUCUACACGCCAUGUCCUACGACUGGGAGUCCCGGGAUCUAAUACGUUGCUCUGUAUAUAUGUACCCGCUUGCAUAUUGCAUGACUGUACUUCAUACUCUCAUUUUUAUAUCAUCGGACAGCUGGUGCUUGUGAACAU